AGUGCAGCCUUCCCCUGGCGGUGGUGAAAGAGACUCGGGAGUCGCUGCUUCCAAAGUGCCCGCCGUGAGUGAGCUCUCACCCCAGUCAGCCAAAUGAGCCUCUUCGGGCUUCUCCUGCUGACAUCUGCCCUGGCCGGCCAGAGACAGGGGACUCAGGCGGAAUCCAACCUGAGUAGUAAAUUCCAGUUUUCCAGCAACAAGGAACAGAACGGAGUACAAGAUCCUCAGCAUGAGAGAAUUAUUACUGUGUCUACUAAUGGAAGUAUUCACAGCCCAAGGUUUCCUCAUACUUAUCCAAGAAAUACGGUCUUGGUAUGGAGAUUAGUAGCAGUAGAGGAAAAUGUAUGGAUACAACUUACGUUUGAUGAAAGAUUUGGGCUUGAAGACCCAGAAGAUGACAUAUGCAAGUAUGAUUUUGUAGAAGUUGAGGAACCCAGUGAUGGAACUAUAUUAGGGCGCUGGUGUGGUUCUGGUACUGUACCAGGAAAACAGAUUUCUAAAGGAAAUCAAAUUAGGAUAAGAUUUGUAUCUGAUGAAUAUUUUCCUUCUGAACCAGGGUUCUGCAUCCACUACAACAUUGUCAUGCCACAAUUCACAGAAGCUGUGAGUCCUUCAGUGCUACCCCCUUCAGCUUUGCCACUGGACCUGCUUAAUAAUGCUAUAACUGCCUUUAGUACCUUGGAAGACCUUAUUCGAUAUCUUGAACCAGAGAGAUGGCAGUUGGACUUAGAAGAUCUAUAUAGGCCAACUUGGCAACUUCUUGGCAAGGCUUUUGUUUUUGGAAGAAAAUCCAGAGUGGUGGAUCUGAACCUUCUAACAGAGGAGGUAAGAUUAUACAGCUGCACACCUCGUAACUUCUCAGUGUCCAUAAGGGAAGAACUAAAGAGAACCGAUACCAUUUUCUGGCCAGGUUGUCUCCUGGUUAAACGCUGUGGUGGGAACUGUGCCUGUUGUCUCCACAAUUGCAAUGAAUGUCAAUGUGUCCCAAGCAAAGUUACUAAAAAAUACCACGAGGUCCUUCAGUUGAGACCAAAGACCGGUGUCAGGGGAUUGCACAAAUCACUCACCGACGUGGCCCUGGAGCACCAUGAGGAGUGUGACUGUGUGUGCAGAGGGAGCACAGGAGGAUAGCCGCAUCACCACCAGCAGCUCUUGCCCAGAGCUGUGCAGUGCAGUGGCUGAUUCUAUUAGAGAACGUAUGCGUUAUCUCCAUCCUUAAUCUCAGUUGUUUGCUUCAAGGACCUUUCAUCUUCAGGAUUUACAGUGCAUUCUGAAAGAGGAGACAUCAAACAGAAUUAGGAGUUGUGCAACAGCUCUUUUGAGAGGAGGCCUAAAGGACAGGAGAAAAGGUCUUCAAUCGUGGAAAGAAAAUUAAAUGUUGUAUUAAAUAGAUCACCAGCUAGUUUCAGAGUUACCAUGUACGUAUUCCACUAGCUGGGUUCUGUAUUUCAGUUCUUUCGAUACGGCUUAGGGUGAUGUCAGUACAGGAAAAAAACUGUGCAAGUGAGCACCUGAUUCCAUUGCCUUGCUUAACUCUAAAGCUCCAUGUCCUGGGCCUAAAAUCGUAUAAAAUCUGGAUUUUUUUUUUUUUUUUUUGCUCAUAUUCACAUAUGUAAACCAGAACAUUCUAUGUACUACAAACCUGGUUUUUAAAAAGGAACUAUGUUGCUAUGAAUUAAACUUGUGUCAUGCUGAUAGGACAGACUGGAUUUUUCAUAUUUCUUAUUAAAAUUUCUGCCAUUUAGAAGAAGAGAACUACAUUCAUGGUUUGGAAGAGAUAAACCUGAAAAGAAGAGUGGCCUUAUCUUCACUUUAUCGAUAAGUCAGUUUAUUUGUUUCAUUGUGUACAUUUUUAUAUUCUCCUUUUGACAUUAUAACUGUUGGCUUUUCUAAUCUUGUUAAAUAUAUCUAUUUUUACCAAAGGUAUUUAAUAUUCUUUUUUAUGACAACUUAGAUCAACUAUUUUUAGCUUGGUAAAUUUUUCUAAACAGAAUUGUUAUAGCCAGAGGAACAAAGAUGAUAUAAAAUAUUGUUGCUCUGACAAAAAUACAUGUAUUUCAUUCUCAUAUGGUGCUAGAGUUAGAUUAAUCUGCAUUUUAAAAAACUGAAUUGGAAUAGAAUUGGUAAGUUGCAAAGACUUUUUGAAAAUAAUUAAAUUAUCAUAUCUUCCAUUCCUGUUAUUGGAGAUGAAAAUAAAAAGCAACUUAUGAAAGUAGACAUUCAGAUCCAGCCAUUACUAACCUAUUCCUUUUUUGGGGUAAUCUGAGCCUAGCUCAGAAAAACAUAAAGCACCUUGAAAAAGACUUGGCAGCUUCCUGAUAAAGCGUGCUGUGCUGUGCAGUAGGAACACAUCCUAUUUAUUGUGAUGUUGUGGUUUUAUUAUCUUAAACUCUGUUCCAUACACUUGUAUAAAUACAUGGAUAUUUUUAUGUACAGAAGUAUAUCUCUUAACCAGUUCACUUAUUGUACUCUGGCAAUUUAAAAGAAAAUCAGUAAAAUAUUUUGCUUGUAAAAUGCUUAAUAUCGUGCCUAGGUUAUGUGGUGACUAUUUGAAUUAAAAAUGUAUUGAAUCAUCAAAUAAAAGAAUGUGGCUAUUUUGGGGAGAAAA